CUUACCUUUACCGGAAACACGUGGAUUGUCGUAGAACACCUACGCUCCAAUUGUCCGAUUCCGACGUACGGUAGUCUCUAACCAGUGUAGCGCCGGCGACGUCGGCUGAUCGGCUCCUGCUCUCCGCAUUGCCAUAGGGCAAACGCCUCACCGUUCUGCUGCCUUUCCCCCUCUUCGUUUGUAUCGCGCGCUUAAAAUGGCAUCCUUGAAACAUCCGAAUCAACCUGAAACUAUAAAUCAUGAUGCAAAUGGUGCUAUAUCUAGUUAUGAACAUCAAAGAAGCAUGACAAACAACGAAGAUGGAGAAGAUGACUGGUAUCACAAAGAGAUGAACGAUAUUCUUGCUAAAAAACAAAUGUUUUUUAGUUCAAAUUGCAGAAAUAUAGAAACAUCUACUCAUUGUAAAGAGAGAAAUCAGUGUAUGAAGUGUUCUAAAGGUGGUCAGUUGUUAGUUUGCAGUUCAAAAUCUUGCUCAUUUGUGUUUCAUGAAAGUUGUUUGUUCUUCACUUCUGAUACAACUGGAAACUUCUAUUGCCCUUUUUGUAAAUAUUCUCAAUUAAUCUCAAACUACAGAAUAAUUAAGAAAAAAGCUUCAUUAGCAAGAAAUGAUGUGGCUUCUUUCAAUGGUUUGGUGUUACCAAAAAUGCCACACGAGAGAUUGUAUGUGUCUGACCACAUUAAGCCAUGCACAAGAUUAGUUGUUCCACAAAGAAGAAGAAGAGUCCCAGUCCCUUGGACAAAAUCAGAGGAAGAUACACUAAAGAAAUGGGUGGAAAAGUUUUUAGGAGAGAGUGAUGGAGGUUUUAUUCCAUGGAGGAUGAUCUUAGAACUUGGUGUUUCUGUAUUUCAAAAAAGUCGUACACCUGUUGACCUUAAAGAUAAGUGGAGAAAUAUGCAAAAAGCAAGCAAAUGCUCAAUAUGAAGUUUUAGAUUUGGUUUGUGAUUGAGCUUUAUGUGUUUUUUGAAUAUAUUUUUUUUUGGCAUGAUUCUACUAUUAUUGAUGAAUUUUAAUUAUUGAAAGAAGUAGGGUAACAUAUAUGCAAUUUUUAUCAUA